UGCUUGCGCAUAAUUUCUUCUCCACUUGAGGAGACUGCUCUACCCUGGAAUUGCUGGAAACUGCUGUCUUUGGGUCAUGUUUGAUCAUGAGAAGAAAACAUUUUUAAGGAUUUUUGAAGCUGGAGGCACUGUUGCUGUUCCAGUGAGGUGAUGGAUUGAUGAUUAAACAUGUACGGGGAUCAGCCACACUUCAUGAAAUUUCACACAGACUUUGUGAGUUUCCCAGUUCAUACCAGGUCUGUACGUGGAAAUCUGCCACCAAACGGGAACUCUGUUAUAAACAGCAAAUCCAACUAUCUGGAAGCAUCUCUUGGUGCAUCAGAGAUUCUGUCCAUCCCCACAAACUCCAUAGGGUCCAGCAGUACAACAGGCUGUCCACUUAGGAGAAUCACGAGCCCCAUUGCAUCCCAUGCUGUUCCUUUGACUUCUCCACCAGACAUGAGUUUUGCUGUGCAUAGCAGCCCACAGUCCAGUAUCGUGAAUGGUGCUGGAACCUCUGAAGAUACAAAGCCUUUGCCAAAUUUCCAACAGAUGGGAGCAAUGAAUUAUUCAUCCCCAAGUCCAGGAUCCCUGACAAAGCAUGUCUGCGCAAUUUGUGGAGACAGAUCAUCAGGGAAGCACUAUGGGGUGUACAGUUGUGAAGGCUGCAAAGGAUUCUUUAAGCGGACAGUAAGAAAGGACCUUGUCUACACAUGUCGAGAUAAUAAAGACUGUCUGAUCGACAAGCGUCAGCGAAACCGUUGCCAGUAUUGCCGCUAUCAGAAAUGUCUAGCAACAGGCAUGAAAAGAGAAGCGGUUCAAGAAGAGAGGCAAAGAAGCAGAGAGCGGAGUGAGAAUGAAGUGGAAUCUACAAGCAGCAAUGGUGGGAGUCUUGAGGAUAUGCCUGUGGAAAGGAUUUUAGCAGCUGAAAUGGCAGUUGAACCAAAGUCUGAAUCAUAUGGUGAUGUGAGUGCAGAAACCUCGACCAAUGAUCCUGUCACCAAUAUUUGCCAUGCAGCUGAUAAACAGCUUUUCACAUUGGUUGAAUGGGCCAAGCGGAUUCCACACUUCUCAGACCUGACAUUAGAAGACCAAGUUAUCCUCCUUCGAGCAGGUUGGAAUGAACUGCUGAUUGCUUCUUUUUCCCAUCGCUCUGUUUCUGUACAGGAUGGUAUAUUACUGGCCACUGGCUUACACGUGCACCGGAGCAGUGCACACAGCGCUGGAGUCGGCUCCAUAUUUGACAGGGUUCUUACUGAGUUGGUAUCCAAAAUGAAAGACAUGCAGAUGGACAAAUCUGAACUGGGGUGUCUGCGAGCCAUUGUCUUGUUCAAUCCAGAUGCCAAAGGCCUGUCUAGUCCUGCAGAGAUAGAAUUGCUACGUGAGAAAGUUUAUGCUACCCUGGAGGCAUACACAAAACAGAAGUACCCUGAGCAACCUGGAAGAUUUGCUAAACUUCUUCUCAGACUGCCUGCACUGAGAUCUAUUGGUUUGAAAUGCCUAGAACAUCUCUUCUUCUUCAAGCUAAUUGGUGAUACCCCUAUUGACACCUUUCUUAUGGAGAUGUUAGAGACACCUCUGCAAAUCACCUAAUGAGGACAGGAUGCUAACAAGAAAGUGCAAAUGACACCACUGAAGAGGUUUUGUUCCUGAUCUGCCUGCUUUCACCCAUUCCAUUCUCCUGAACAUUUGUAUGGAAUGACUUUCAGAAAGGAAUAGGAACUCCUAUAAGUGUUUAGCUUUUAAAAAAAUGGAAUGUUGUUCAUUUGCAAACUUUUAAAUAGCGGCUAGGAGGAACCGGGCAUCCUGCAGCU